AUAUAAAAGUACACUGAGUGGGCACUGUGCUCCUGUUCUGGCUUGUGCUUUUUCUCAUAAUGGGCAGAUGCUAGUCUCGGGAUCAGUGGAUAAAUCUGUCAUAGUGUAUGAUAUUAAUACUGAGAAUGUACAUCACACAUUGACUCAGCAUACCAGGUAUGUCACAACUUGUGCCUUUGCACCCAAUAUCCUUUUACUUGCUACUGGUUCAAUGGACAAAACAGUGAACAUCUGGCAAUUUGAUCUGGAAACACCUUGCCAAGCAAGGAGCACAGAAGAGGAGACAAAGCAAUUUCCUGAAGACUGGUCAGAGGAUGAUGUCUCCGUGUGGCUUUGUGCACAAGGUUUAAAUGACCUUGUUGGUAUUUUCAAAAUGAAUAACAUUGAUGGAAGAGAACUGUUGAAUCUCACCAAGGAAAGUCUGGCUGAUGAUUUGAAAAUUGAAUCUCUAGGGCUGCGGAGUAAAGUGCUGAGGAAAAUAGAAGAGCUCAGGACAGAAGUGAAAACCCUUUCUUCUGGAAUUCCUGAUGAAUUUCUAUGUCCAAUAACUAGGGAGCUUAUGAAAGAUCCUGUCAUUGCAACAAACGGCUAUUCAUAUGAAAAGGAAGCAAUGGAAAACUGGAUCAGCAAAAAGAAACGUACAAGUCCCAUGACAAAUCUUGUUCUUUCUUCAGUGGUACUUACACCAAACAGGACUCUGAAAAUGGCCAUUAGCCGAUGGCUGGAGACACAUCAAAAAUAAAAUU